AGUGGCUGCUGGGGUCCCGUGGCUGCUGGGGAACACCUGGCUGCUGGGGGUCCACAGCUGCUGGGGGACACACCACCUCAGGCCCAGCUGCCCUCCCCUGCCUCUCCACAGGCGUCAUGGCUGGGGUGAGGAGGCAGGGCCAGGGCACCUCAGACAUCCCCCAGCUGCUGGGGGAGGAAGGCUCCAGCCCCCGGCAUCCGGUACCUGACAAAGAUCUCGGGGAGGGUGGUGUGUCGUGGCGAGGAGCUCUCUCCACGUCCUCUCCUCCGAGCUGGUGAAAGAGCCACCACUGCUUUGUGCCAUGUGGAGGGGAAAGGCCCUGGUCACCUGGGCGCUCCUCACCAGCCUGGCCACGGCCAGCUGGGGCAUCCAAGUAAUCCUGAAAGAAGUCAGUGGGAAGGUGUUCCUGCAAUGCACAACAAACGUGCAAAGUCACAUCAUAUGGCUGAAAGAUGGGAAUAGGAUAGGAAAUGGAACACAACUGGACUUGGGUGCAGUUUACAACGAUCCUAGAGGCGUCUAUACGUGUGAAUUGGAAAACGGAGAGGAACGCGGUGACCUCCAGGUGCACUAUCGAAUGUGCCAGAACUGCAUUGAAGUGGACGCUCCCACUAUCUCGGGGAUCGUGGUCGCAGAUGUAGUUGCCACCAUCUUCCUGGCAGUUGCUGUGUAUUGCAUCACUGGCCAGGACAAGGGACGCAUGUCACGAGCUUCUGACAGGCAGAACCUGAUUGCCAAUGAGCAGCUCUACCAGCCCCUUGGCGAGCGGGAUGAUGGACAGUACAGCCGGCUGGCACCUGCCAAGUCCCGCAAGUGAAGUGGGAAAACACUGGGGCCUGCGACUCCUUCACACUGGGAGUGAUAUUAAAGCAAAGCCACCACCAGUGCCCAAGAGCACCGGUACCCGGCCCUGGCACUGCCUUCGUAAGCUCACUGCUGGCAGAAGACACUGUGGGUUUUUGCCUAGAGAGCCCUCUGGCUCCUUGCCAGGACGGGCUGCUUGUAGCACUCUGCUAUUUCCAUAACCUCUUGUGCUUCUAUAUUCCUCUCAUUAAAGAUGAGCCUACCCCAUA